CUUUUUCUCCCUUGUUCAUACUGCCCUUCUCUCUAAUAACCAUAAUAAUUAAUGUCUGGCGCCACCUCUGAACUUGAGCCUAUCGUCGACGCUGACAGUGAAGAUGACAUUGAUUGGGAGGAAGUCGAAGUCGAAGCACAGCCCGAGCCAGAGCGACACAUAGAAAUCACGCUGCACGAACGACCCAAGUCAAAGGACCAGGUUAAGAAGAAAGGGAUAUCGCAUGCAGAACGAGUCCUCCGGAUCAAUUGCCACAAAAUCCAUACUGUAUCUCUUCUCGCGAAUGCAUGGGUCAGGAACAAGUGGCUUAAUGAUGAGCUUCUUCAUGCCCGGCUCAUAUCCUUUGUGCCUAUGUCCAUUCAAACUUCCUUUGCUAUGAUUCACAAAUCUCGUGUACCACACCAAGCGAAGCGUGGCCGAAUGUUCGAGAAGGCUCUCGAUACUCUUGUCAAGUGGUGGUACGAGUCCUUCUUUGAGGUCCUUCCCGAGGGACACAUACGAAAUCGGACGUUUGUUUUCGUUCAGAGGCAUAUGCCAUUGGAUUCGCAAACACAAACCGGAGAAGAGUGCCCUUUUGAUACAGAGACACUGCAAGAUAUCCUCGACGAUGAUGGUGAACGCAUCAAGAGUCCCAAGAGUCUCAUGAAGCAUGCAUUGAUGCAGUGCGGGUCGCGAGAUACGGGAGCACAACUCUUUACGGCACUCUGUAGGGGCCUAGGGUUGCCCGCGAGGCUCGUCGUGAGCUUGCAGAGUGUGCCGUGGCAGGCGGCUGUUGGGAAGCCUAAGCCUAAAUACGAUAAGAAGAAGAAGAAUAACCAGGUGAAAAUUUCUGAGGACGGGGAAUCAGAAGACGAUACACCAAUCGCUUCAACAUCUGCCUCGAGCUUGAAUGGCCUGGCGUUCAAAGGUGACGGGCAGAGACUAGAUGGUGCUCCCGUCGGAAAGAGCGACAAGGCGAAAGGAAAGGAAAAGGCUAAACCAACGGUUAAACUGCGCAAAACCAAGAGUAAGGGCAACGUUCUGGGUGCAGCGACACCUAAGAAAGAAGAUCCCACCUCCACUCCGCCAGUAUUCUGGACGGAAGUCUUCUCGCGACCUGAUGGGCGAUGGAUACCAGUUGACCCUCUCCGCGCAAUUGUCAAUAAACGGAAUGUUUUUGAUCCCACGGGACUGUCGCAGCAGAAUCGGCUAGUAUAUGUUUUGGCUAUAGAAGAGGAUGGGUAUGCCAGGGACGUGACAAGAAAGUAUGCUAGACAGUAUGGUGCCAAAGUGGCAAAGGUUCAGGGCGGUUCCGUGGUUGGGGGAGGUGGGAAAGGAAGAGAAGCUUGGUGGGAGAGGGUCGUUAGUACGGUAACGAGGCCAUAUCGACUCAACCGCGACGAUGUGGAGGAUGCCGAGUUGGAAUCAGCGCAGAUCCGAGAAGGUAUGCCUACAACGAUUGCUGGAUUCAAAGACCAUCCAUUGUAUGUUCUAACAAGGCACCUGAAGCAAACAGAAGCCAUCCAUCCGCCGCCCCCUGACACGCCUGAGAUGGGUAAAUUCAGAGGAGAGCCGGUAUAUCCUCGGUCGUCGGUCGUUUCCUUGAAAACGGCGGAGAAUUGGCUGAGAAGCGAAGGGAGGUCAGUUCGCGAAGGUGUUCAGCCCAUGAAGAUGGUCAAGUCGCGUCCAGGGACUAUCGGAAGGAUGAGGGAGCUUGAGAUUCUCAAGGAUAACCUGAGGGAAGCCGGACAGGCGUCCGACGAUCAAGCCCAGGUCAUGCAUGGCUUGUAUGCGCGAAGCCAGACCGAACUGUACGUCCCCAAACCCGUGGUUGAUGGCAAAGUUCCCAAGAAUGAUUUUGGCAACAUCGAUCUAUACGUGCCUACGAUGCUUCCUCGGGGUGCUGUACACGUCCCUUUUAAGGGUGUCCAGAAACUUGCCAAAAAGCUUGGUUUAGAUUACGCCGAGGCGGUCACAGGCUUCGAAUUUAAGAAACGCCGCGCGUUUCCGGUACUGGAGGGCGUGGUUGUCGCUGCAGAGAACGAGCAAGUUCUAUUAGAUGCCUACUGGGAAUCGGAACAAGAUGCACAAGAGAAGGCGCGAGUGAAACGGGAAGAAAAGGCUAUCAAGAGAUGGACAAGGCUGAUCCAUGGGUUGCGAAUCCGGCAGAGGCUGCAGGAACAGUAUGCUGGACGCGGAGAGGAUAAGGCCACGGAGAAGGAGGAGGAUGAAGAGAAACAACCCGAGCAAGGAGGAGGAUUCCUCGUGGGCGCUGAAGAUGUCGUCCAGGCGUUUCACUUGCCCAAGGCCCCGCAUCUUGAUACAGAUCUAGAGUCCGAUCUGGUAGCCUCUACCGUGCAGUUGCUUUCAGAAGAAGGUCAUGAGGACAAGAAAUUCGAGUUGGAAACCAUGGAUGUCGAUUCCGAUUUGGACGAAGCCGUAGGUGUGGCAAAUGCCACGAGCCACACUCCGAAAACCAUGCGUGAGUUGGCGGAGGACGCUGCGCGGUUGCAGGUAGUGGACAAUGAGGAUGAAGAGGAAUGGGUAAAAGAGCAAGUGGAUCCGCCCAAGAAAGAGGGGAAAGGAAAAGGAAGGGGAAAGGGAAAAGAAUCGAGCGCGCCUAGGAAAGGGGGAGGCAAAGCUAAACGGCGAAAGAGGGGUAGGGAUCUCGAUGAGAGUGAGGAUGAACUUGGUGAGAGUGAGGCGUCGCCUGCGAAGAGGGGGAAGACCGUGGCGCCAUCGACGAGAACGCUGCGUCCGCGCGCUUCGAAGAGCAGGGCGAAGAUUGAGGAGGAGAUAGCACAGGAGGAUGCGAUUAGACUUGCUAUUGGAGAGUAAUAUUAUUUCAGAGUAAUAGAUGAGGGCAUGAAGAGUCAAGAAUGUUGCUUGCUUUAAGGAGCUGCCUUGCCAUUCAAUCAGGUAGGAAUGUGCUCGGAAUAAUAGUACAUAUGAU